CAUUCCGGUUUUGAGGACAGUUCCCCAAAAUCCGGUUCCGUUUCCAGCUUCUUUCUCGCUCUUCUUAGACGGUAGUGUUAUUUUGUCGGCGUGGAAGCUUACCGUGGUGAUAAUAAAACAGCACCGCUUUCAUCAGAAAGUGUGUUUUUUUAUGUGUGUGCGUGGCGUUGAAUUGAGCAAACAGUGAAAGGGAAAAGCAAGCCAUUCCAACCGGCUACUGUGCGUGCCAAGAGUGUGGGUGUGAGAGUGCGACAGUGAGUGUGCGAGAAGAAAAAGGUGAAUUUUAAUCAAAGCCAUCGUCAACAACCCCAGAAGAAACAAGAAACCAUCAAGUGUCUGGUGCGAAACCAUUGACAACAAAGCUAUCACAACCCGCCCCAGCAUCAGCGCCUCAGACGCUUGAUCCCCAGAGUGUGCUGCAGCAGCAUUAUCAGCAUCAUCAGCAACACCAGCAGCAGCAGAAGAACAAUCGACAAUAAUGGCAGAGGACUUGCGGGACCGCAACGACCCGGAGUUGAAGUAUCUUUCCGUCGAGCGAAACUCGUUCAACGAUCCGGCCACGCAGGCGGAAUGGACACAGAAGCGGCUCGUCUGGGUGCCGCACGAAUCACAGGGCUUCGUCGCUGCCAGCAUCAAGGGCGAGCGCGGCGAUGAGGUCGAGGUCGAGCUGGCCGAAACCGGCAAACGCGUGCUGGUACUUAAGGAUGACAUCCAGAAAAUGAACCCGCCCAAAUUCGACAAAGUCGAAGAUAUGGCCGAGCUGACGUGCCUGAACGAAGCCUCCGUCCUUCACAACAUCAAGGACCGAUACUACUCCGGUUUGAUAUACACCUACUCCGGCCUUUUCUGCGUGGUGGUUAACCCGUACAAGAAGCUGCCCAUCUACACCGAGAAGAUCAUGGAGAAGUACAAAGGCAUCAAACGGCACGAGGUGCCGCCACACGUCUUUGCGAUCACAGACACCGCGUAUAGAUCGAUGCUUCAGGAUCGUGAGGACCAGUCCAUCCUGUGUACCGGCGAGUCGGGUGCUGGUAAAACCGAGAACACAAAGAAAGUUAUCCAGUAUUUAGCCUACGUGGCGGCAUCGAAACCGAAAGGAUCCGUAGCGGCCCCAACACCAGCACUUAUCAUCGGUGGCCAUCAUACGAGUUUAUCGGGUGAGCUAGAACAACAGCUGCUUCAAGCAAAUCCCAUUCUAGAAGCGUUCGGUAACGCCAAGACGGUGAAAAACGAUAACUCGUCUCGCUUCGGUAAAUUCAUUCGGAUAAACUUUGACGCCUCGGGCUUCAUCUCUGGCGCCAACAUCGAGACGUAUCUGCUGGAGAAGUCACGUGCCAUUCGCCAGGCGAAGGACGAGCGUACAUUCCACAUUUUCUACCAGCUGUUGGCGGGUGCGUCGCCCGAACAACGUCAGCGCUUUAUCCUGGACGAUGUGAAGACGUACCCGUUCCUGUCGAACGGUGGGCUGCCGGUACCCGGCGUUGACGAUUAUGCCGAGUUCCAAGCGACGGUUAAGAGCAUGAACAUAAUGGGCAUGACGGCGGAUGACUUCAACUCGAUCUUCCGCAUUGUGAGUGCCGUGCUGCUGUUUGGCUCGAUGACAUUCAAGCAGGAACGCAGCUCCGAUCAGGCUACGCUACCGGACAACACGGUCGCCCAGAAGAUCGCGCAUUUGCUGGGGCUGAGUGUAACGGACAUGACGAAGGCAUUCCUAACGCCGCGUAUCAAGGUCGGCCGGGACUUUGUGACCAAGGCUCAGACGAAAGAGCAGGUCGAGUUCGCGGUGGAGGCCAUCGCAAAGGCGUGCUAUGAGAAGAUGUUCAAGUGGUUGGUGAACCGUAUUAACCGUUCGCUGGAUCGCACCAAACGCCAGGGUGCGUCGUUCAUCGGCAUCCUCGAUAUGGCCGGCUUUGAGAUCUUCGAGCUGAACUCGUUCGAGCAGCUUUGUAUCAACUACACCAACGAGAAGUUGCAGCAGCUGUUCAAUCACACCAUGUUCAUUCUUGAGCAGGAGGAGUAUCAGCGCGAAGGAAUCGAGUGGAAGUUCAUCGACUUUGGGCUCGAUCUACAGCCGACCAUUGACCUGAUUGACAAACCGGGCGGCAUCAUGGCUCUACUGGAUGAGGAGUGCUGGUUCCCGAAGGCGACUGACAAGUCGUUCGUGGAAAAGCUGGCUGCGGCCCACUCGAUGCAUCCGAAGUUCAUGAAGACGGACUUCCGCGGUGUGGCGGACUUCGCUGUUGUGCACUAUGCCGGUAAGGUGGACUAUUCGGCUACCAAGUGGCUGAUGAAGAACAUGGACCCACUGAACGAAAAUGUCGUGUCGCUGCUGCAAGCCUCGCAGGACCCGUUCGUCGUGCAGAUCUGGAAGGACGCCGAGAUUGUUGGCAUGGCGCAGCAGGCGCUCACCGACACUCAGUUUGGCGCUCGCACGCGUAAGGGCAUGUUCCGUACGGUUUCCCAUUUGUACAAGGAGCAGCUGGCCAAGCUGAUGGACACACUGCGCAACACCAAUCCGAACUUUGUGCGCUGUAUCAUCCCCAACCACGAAAAGCGCGCGGGCAAGAUCGAUGCGCCGCUCGUGCUCGAUCAGCUGCGUUGCAACGGUGUGCUGGAGGGUAUCCGUAUCUGCCGCCAGGGCUUCCCGAAUCGCAUCCCGUUCCAGGAGUUCCGUCAACGCUACGAGCUGCUCACGCCCAACGUCAUCCCGAAGGGCUUCAUGGAUGGCAAACGGGCUUGCGAACAGAUGAUCAAAUCGCUCGAGCUGGACUCGAACCUGUACCGUAUCGGUCAGUCGAAGAUCUUCUUCCGUGCGGGCGUACUGGCGCACUUGGAAGAAGAACGCGACUACAAGAUCACCGAUCUGAUCGUGAACUUCCAGGCGUACUGCCGUGGUUUCCUCGCCCGUCGCAACUACCAGAAGCGCCUACAGCAGCUCAACGCGAUUCGUAUCAUCCAGCGCAACUGUGCGGCCUAUCUAAAGCUGCGCAACUGGCAGUGGUGGCGUCUGUACACCAAGGUCAAGCCCCUGCUGGAAGUAACCAAGCAGGAGGAGAAGUUGGUGCAGAAGGAGGAUGAGCUGCGCCAGAUUCGCGACAAGCUCGACAAUCUCUCCAAAAGCUCGCAGGAGUAUGAAAAGAAGUUCCAGCAAGCGAUGGAAGAAAAAACGCACCUCGCAGAACAGCUGCAAGCCGAGAUCGAGUUGUGCGCCGAGGCGGAAGAGGGUCGUGCCCGGCUGGUCGCUCGCAAGCAGGAGCUAGAGGAGUUGAUGCAGGAUCUGGAGUCCCGCAUCGAGGAAGAGGAGGAGCGCGUAAACGCACUUACGGGUGAGAAGAAGAAAUUGCAGAUCAACAUACAGGACUUGGAGGAGCAGUUGGAGGAGGAGGAGGCAGCCCGGCAAAAGCUCCAACUCGAGAAGGUUCAGCUGGAUGCGAAGCUUAAGAAGAUGGAGGAAGAUGUGGCGUUGAUCGAGGACCAGAACCACAAGCUGGUGAAGGAAAAGAAGCUGCUGGAAGAGCGUGCAAACGAUCUAUCGCAAACGCUCGCCGAAGAGGAGGAGAAAGCGAAACAUCUGGCCAAGCUUAAGGUGAAGCACGAGUCGACGAUUGCCGAGCUGGAGGAACGCUUGCUAAAGGAUCACCAGCAGCGCCAGGAGUCGGAUCGUUCGAAGCGCAAGAUCGAAACCGAGGUAGCCGACCUGAAGGAGCAGAUCAAUGAACGGCGCGUGCAGAUAGAGGAGAUGCAACAGCAGCUGAUCAAACGCGAAGAGGAACUGGCUCAGACGCUUGUGCGCAUCGACGAGGAGUCGGCCGCGAAGGCCGCAGCGCAGAAGACACAGCGCGAGCUCGAGUCACAGUUGGCAGAGAUCCAGGAGGAUUUGGAGGCAGAAAAACUUGCCCGCUCGAAGGCCGAGAAGCAGAAGCGCGACCUUAAUGAAGAGCUGGAAGCUUUGAAAAACGAGCUCCUUGAUUCUUUGGACACGACCGCCGCCCAACAAGAACUUCGCUCCAAGCGUGAACAGGAGGUUGCGACAUUGAAGAAAACGCUGGAAGAUGAGUCCUCGAAUCACGAGGCAACUCUUAUGGACAUGCGCCACAAGCAUGCUCAGGAGAUCUCGUCCAUCAAUGAGCAGUUGGAGAAUUUGAAGAAGCUCAAGGGCGGCCUCGAGAAGAGCAAGCAAACGCUGGAGGCGGAAAAUGCCGAUCUUGCCACCGAGUUGCGUAACGUCAAUCAGUCGCGCCAGGAGAACGACCGCCGCCGCAAACAGGCCGAAACGCAGAUCGCUGAACUACAGGUAAAACUUGCCGAAGUCGAACGCGUUCGAGUUGAGCUGCAGGAUAAGGUUACCAAACUGCAACAGGAGACCGACAACAUCACGCAGCAGUUGGACGAAGCCGAGCUGAAAGCAUCAGCUGCGAUCAAGAGCGCCGGCAACUUGGAGAGUCAGCUAACUGAGGCACAACAGCUCCUCGAGGAGGAAACCCGCCAGAAGCUGGCCCUAAGUUCGAAGCUGCGCCAGAUCGAAUCCGAAAAGGAUGCACUCGCCGAACAGCUUGAGGAAGACGAAGAAGCGAAAAAGAGCUACGAAAAGAAGCUGGCCGAGCUGAACAUUACCAUACAAGAGAUGAAGAAACGUUCGGAGGAGGAGUCCGAUGUGGCGAAGGAGUUGGAGGAGUCGAAGAAAAAGAUGAACAAGGACAUCGAGACACUGCAGCGUCAAAUUCAGGAGCUUCAGGCGACCAACGAUCGGUUGGACAAGAGCAAAAAGAAGAUCCAGUCGGAAUUGGAGGAUGCCACGAUCGAGCUGGAGACGCAGCGCACCAAGGUGCUGGAGCUCGAGAAGAAGCAGAAGAAUUUCGACAAGGUGUUGGCCGAGGAGAAGGCCAUCAGCGAGCAGCACGCACAGGAGCGGGAUGCGGCAGAACGGGAAGCGCGCGAAAAGGAAACGAAGGUGCUUUCGCUGACUCGCGAGCUCGACGAGGCGUUUGAGAAAAUCGACGAGCUUGAAACGAAGCGCAAGGCACUGCAGAAUGAACUGGAUGAGCUUGCCAAUACACAGGGCACAGCGGACAAGAACGUGCACGAGCUGGAAAAGGCGAAGCGUUCCCUCGAAAGCCAGCUGGCUGAACUUAAAGCACAAAAUGAGGAACUGGAGGAUGAUCUUCAGCUGACGGAGGAUGCCAAGCUGCGCUUGGAAGUGAACAUGCAAGCCCUACGCGCACAAUUCGAGCGGGACAUUCAGGCAAAGGAGGAACAAUCGGAAGAGAAGCGUCGCGGACUGGUAAAAGCCCUGCGCGAUCUGGAAGCCGAGUUAGACGAGGAACGCAAGCAGCGCGCAGCGGCCGUUGCGGCUAAGAAGAAGCUCGAGGGUGAUCUGAAGGACAUGGAAGCAACGCUCGAGAUGAACAAUAAGGUGAAGGAGGACGCGCUGAAGCAAGCGAAGAAACUGCAAGCACAAAUCAAGGACGCGAUCCGGGACGCCGAGGAAGCUAAGGCAGCUAAGGAGGAGUUAGCGGCCGUUAGUAAGGAGGCAGAACGCAAAGCGAAGACGCUCGAGGCGGAGGUGAUGCAGCUAUCGGAGGACCUUUCGAGCUCGGAGCGGGCACGUCGGGCCGCGGAAACGGAGCGCGACGAGCUGCUGGAGGAGAUAAACUCCAACUCGAACAAGGGCUCGCUCAUGAUCGAUGAGAAGCGCCGACUGGAGGCGCGCAUUGCCGCCCUCGAGGAGGAGUUGGAAGAGGAGCAGUCCAACCUGGAGCUGAUGGUCGACCGUAACCGCAAGGCGCAGCUAACGAUCGAGCAACUGACGACGGAGCUGGCAACGGAAAAGUCGAACGCGCAGAAUUACGAAACCGUCAAGUCGGGCCUGGAGCGCCAGAACAAGGACCUGAAGGCGAAGCUGUCCGAGCUCGAGACGGCUCUGCGUACGAAGGUGAAGGCGGCAACGGCCGCAUCCGAGGCGAAGAUCAUCAACCUAGAGAAGCAGCUCGAAAACGAAACAAAGGAGCGACUAACGGUGCAAAAGUCCAACCGCAAGCUCGAAAAGCGUAUCAAGGAGCUGACGCUGAACAUCGAAGACGAGCGACGACAUGCCGAUCAGUAUAAGGAGCAGAUUGAAAAGGUUAACAAUCGCAUGAAGACUCUAAAGCGCAACCUCGAUGAAGCCGAAGAAGAAAUUCAGAAGGAGAAAACUUUGAAACGGAAGGCACAGCGCGAAUGCGAGGACAUGCUAGAAGGUCACGAGGCGCUGUCUCGCGAACUGAAUGCGCUCAAAUCAAAGCUUAGACGGGGUGGUGCAAUGGGCAGUCUGAGCUCGUCCCGAUUGACACCGAAGCGCGAGAACGACUCGAUGUCGGUGCAAGAUGAAUCGCUCGAUGGCGAGGAUAACAGCAACUGACGAACGACGUCUUCCAAUGGCAAGCAACAGCAGCAGCAGCAGAACCAACCGCAACAUCAACAUCAUUACCAUCAUUCCGGCAACCAUUAUUGAACGAAUCAUCCCGGAAGCAUCAUCACGUCCGGGGUGGACAAAGAGGAGGGACAGUGUUUUGUGAGGCGACACUGCGCGGCGCUUCGGGAGAGGACAUUGUUGUAUUGAUGAACGCUUUGGCACUAAUCUCUCGAUGAGCAGUACCGAAUUAAACAAGAGCUGAGCGAGGGUCUGGGGGGAGGGAAAAUGACGGAAUGGGUCCUUCAAAUUGUGAAUAGAUGAACGAAAAUGCCGACCACGAAGAGACAAAGGGAAUGUGCACUAUCUGUUUUUUUGUUUGCUACUAAUAUUAUCCACGACAAGCGCCCCGUCCGACUGUGCGUGUGUAUUAUAAUAUAUUUUCAUUAAAAAGAAUGUUGGCUGAGAACCUUAGUAUGACAGAACAUGAAUGAGAUACAAUGUUCUCACAUUGUUUUUUUCCGCGUUUGUUUGCGUAUGUUGAAUAUUGCUUCCGUUUCGUUUUCGUUUUUUUUAAAUAUGACUGCUGCAAAACAAAAAUUUAUUGUAUGGAAGGAAGAAAACGCAAGUCAAAUUUUACGCUUUAGCGAGUAUGCUAAAGUGGUAGUCGACAUUCCUGUUAAUUGUAAGCAAUCUUAAACACAAAAAGCACACGACAGCGUUACAUGGUAGACAACGAAAACAUGUUUCCAAAUUGAAAAGAACAUUAAAGGGCCUAAAGUAUUUUUUUAUUAAAUUAGUUAGUUCUUUGUAAAUGUUCUCUAUGCCUUUUGGGCAAGGUUUGUUCUCAAGAAACAACAUCCAAGCAGGCAGGUUCGACCGAACCGAUCGUUCCACUGCGGUACCCGACAUUUUGAUGGAUUUGUUUAUUGACCGUUUUUGUUUAUUUCUUUUUUUGACUAUUCAAGGAGAAGUAUUACUGUUUUUAAAGGCGUUCGACUAAGAAUGUUUUCUUGUAAAGAGUCAGGAAAGUUAUCGCCUUUGUUAAUGUCGUAUACCGUUCAUGUUUCUUUGGCUAUAAGAAAAAGUACCACAUCUGUGUAUUUGUGGUUUUGUUUUCUUGUCUACUGGAAGCAUUUACUUUGUGUUGACCGGCUAAGAUUUUCCCUCUGGAAAUGAGAUCACAGCCAGGAAAAUAGUAGCGCUAACAUGGGCAGUCAUGACGCAGCGUAAAGAAAGGACUAGAACAAGCUACGUCCACACAUGGGAAAUAAGAAUGAAUGGUGGAUCGAGGUGAAUGAUAUGAAUGUUGUGUACCGUUUUAGCAAAGUGCCAUGUUUUAAGAAACAAUCAAAUCUAGAUAGAAUGAACAGAAAAAAAACUGCAAAACCGCGACGUGUUAUGUUCCAUGUGACGCGAACGAAUGAUAGUGUGCACGGUCGGAAAAUGUUUCAUCAACGGCAAUAUACUACACGGUAGGCCUUCACGUAUCCACAGCACAGUAAAGUCAACGGCCCAAUAGGAGAAAGCCGUGAUGGUGAAUAUUGUUUUGUUUCUGUUUGAAUUUUCAUCUAUCGCAAAGAGAGACAGGCAUUGCUUGCAAGUGGUUUACCGGAUCCUGUGGUUGAAGUAGUUUGUGUUUCGUCGUUUUGAGUUUUAACCUCCACAUCCCAGCAGUACACAGAGCUCGAAUAAGGAGAGGGUCAAAGCUUAAGUAAGCAAAAAACGAAGAUCGUUUUGUUGAUGCAAGAAUAACGGUAUAGAAAAGAUGAUGAAAAAAGAUGAGGAUAUGUAGAGCACGCGAUGAUGAUGCAGGUGUUUUUUGGAUUUUUAAUUUUUUUAUUUUGGAUUAUUAUUUAAUGUUUUUAUUUCAAUCUAUUCUUCGUCCUUUAUUUAACUGUGUAUUAUUACUUUUAUUAUUAUGAUUAUCAUUACCAUUACUCUACGAAAACACACAAAAAACAAAAACGAACGCAGUAGUAGUAGCGCCAAGUAAAGCCUUGAAAAUGGAAUUCCCGCAACACGAGAGAAAGAGCCUGAGAACAGAAACAAAAAGUUACAGGAUUGUGAUUUGGUCUCUAUCGGAUGAAUCACGAUUUCCACGCCCCGUAUUGCACAUCUCUCUACUUUAAUUAAAAAUGAAGAAAAAUGGAUAAAAUACUGAAAGUACUCUGGGAUGCUUUUUAUAAAAAAAAAACUAAGAGACGAUCCUUUCUCUCCAAAACUCUCGCCCCUGUUACAUACAUUCAAUAAGCC